CAGUGGGUAAAAUGGUUGGCAUGCGAGGCAGCAGACAGCUAUGGCUCACAGCUUCACCCAGGAAUAUUUCCAGAUCCCCGUUGUGACCAGAGCUUACACCACAGCCUGCGUCCUGACCACCGCCGCCGUGCAACUCGAGGUCAUCACCCCUUUCCAGCUCUACUUUAACCCCGACCUCAUCAUCAGAAGGUACCAGCUAUGGCGCCUGAUAACCAACUUCCUGUUUUUCGGCUCUCUGGGAUUCAGUUUCGUGUUCAACAUCGUCUUUCUGUAUCGAUACUGCCGGAUGCUGGAGGAAGGCUGCUUCCGGGGCCGGACGGCCGACUUUGUCGUCAUGUUCCUGUUCGGCGGCGUCCUGAUGACCCUGUUCGGCGUGUUCGCCAACCUCUUCUUCCUGGGCCAGGCCUUCACCAUCAUGCUGGUGUACGUGUGGAGUAGGAGGCACCCGGCCAUACGCAUGAACUUCUUCGGCCUCCUCAACUUCCAGGCGCCGUACCUGCCCUGGGUGCUCAUGGGAUUCUCCCUGCUGCUCGGCAACUCCAUCGUCGUGGAUCUUCUUGGUAUUGGCGUCGGCCACAUGUACUACUUCCUGGAAGACGUGUUUCCCAACCAGCCGGGCGGCCGGAAGCUGCUGACCACGCCAGAGCUGCUGCGGGCGAUGUUUGACCAGCCGGAGGACCCGGACUACCGUCCCCUCGCAGAGCGGCGGGCCGAGGAGCCGCCGCGGGACCCGGAGGACGAGGAGACGCCCGACCAGUGACGCCGACGCCCAGAGAAACCACCCGCAGCAAACACACUUAACACACACCGGAAAACUCAAGGCGCAAAAACAGCUGAACUGAAUCUCAGCAACACGCUUCAUGAACUGGUCCAGUUAUGCAAAAUGAAAUAACAUCUCAUUUUCCGUUGUGAAUCAAAACCACUUUUGCUUUGUGCUAAAAAGGGACAAUGGAUUUUGGGAGCCUUCAGUGUGUUUUCAUACCGAGUUUGUUUCUGUUUAUUUGAGCUCUGCCGUGUUUUUUUUUUUCUGCUUUCAGUUUGUUCGUCCAGGUGAGGACAGUGUCAUCUGAC